AUGUCGUCGCUCCCGAUCACCGAUGGCAUCAGCCUCUCGAUGGCAGCGCCCACGCCAGUGGCGACGGACGAUGCUGCAGCGCCGGCUAGCGAUGUAGGCGGCGAGAAGCGCAAGCGGGAAGAGGUCGAUUGCGCCAUGUGCUCGGCGCUCGAGAUCAAGUACCGGUGUCCCAAGUGCGAGCGCAUCACGUGCUCGCUCAAGUGCUGCCUCGAGCACAAGACACACUACGACUGCGACGGGAAGCGCGACCGCACCAAGUACAUCCCCAUGGCCGCGUUCAAGGACGCCGACAUCACGAGCGAUUACUUCUUCUUGCAAGAAAUCGCGCGGUCGGCGUCCACGAUCAAUGCAUUGGCGCAGCAAACGGCGCCGAAAGGCAACUACAAGAAGCUGACGAAGAAGGCCAGGGCGAACCCGGAGCUGCCCGCGGAUUGGCUCGGGCGCUUCCCCGCCGCGUGGCAGAACUUUGCCAAGGCCGCGAUCGACAAGGGCGUCGACGUGAGUCUCCUCGCACCCGGCAUGUCCAAACGCAAGGCCAACACGUCGUGCGUCAAGGGCCACGUCCUGCACUGGCGCAUUGAGCUCCACUUUAUCAAUCUCUCGCCCGUGUCCAAAAUCGUUCAGGCACGAUGGGACGAAUCCAAGUCUCUCAACGAUCUUCUCGACGACCUCUUGGCGAUCCGAGUGGACACGGCUGCGCUGCGCACGACGCUCAAGCCGUACAUGAAGGCAAGUCGUGCUACGUGGCGCUUCUUGCUCCGAAAGGAGUUUGUCCCAGCGUCGGCGCCGCAGUACUUUACGAUCGACCCUGCCAAGAGCAUGGCCGAGAACCUCCGCGGCCUCGCGGUCGUCGAAUUCCCGAUCCUGCACGUAGUCUUGGAGCAAGACAUGCACAAGUACGUGCUCGCCCACCGCGUCAUCGAAGAAGUCGCUCUACCUAGUUAA